AUGGAGGCCACGUCCGCGCUCAGCCCCUCACCGUGGGAGAGGCGUCGAGCCUGGGUCCGGCAGAGCCGGAGCUGGAGGAAUUCCCUGCUGGAACACCAGGAUGUGGCCUCUGCCCCAUGGAACCUCCCCGAGCUGCAGCCCCACAUGGACCACGGGGGGACCCCAAGGCCUGGGUCCCCUCAUGGGUGUUUCUGUGCAUUCCCAAUGGCAGGAAGCUCAUGCGGGAAGAUCGAGACGUGGCUGCGGGAGUGUGGGUCAUCCAUUGCGGUCCCACCGGAGGAGCCGGCCUUGCCUGGUCCCCACGGGUAUGGAAGCAAUGGGACCAGCUUCGAGGAUGACCUGACCCUGGGAGCUGAAGCUCUCCUGCUUCCAGGGAGCAGCAAGGCCAUGGCCAGGACCAAGCGCCUCAGCCUGGGCCACAGCAUGGCCUCCAGCCUCACCACCAAGACCAGCUCCAGCAUCUCGGAGGUGCUGGAGCGAUGGGAGCUGGAUGCUGAGGAGAUCCUGUACAACCUGGGCUUCGUGCGGAGCGAUCCGGGUACCACAUCCCGCAUCCCGGUCAGGUUCCUCACGGCUCCUUCCCGAGCCAAAGGCAUCGACUUCCAGCUCUUCCUCAAGGCCCAAGUGCGGCGCAUGGAGAUGGAGGAUCCCUGCUUGAUGCUGGCCAGUCGCUUCCAGCAGGUCCAGGCUCUGGCUGCCACGGCCGAUGCCUUCUUCUGCCUCUAUUCCUAUGUGUCCCGGAGCCCAGUGCAGAGCAUCUCCCCCUCCUGCUGCUCCAGGGCUCAUCCCGACAUUCCCAACAUCCACAUCCCAGCAUCCCAACCCGGAGCCCUCUCUCCCGUGGAACGGCUGAAGAAGGCUGUGGCCACCAUGUGCCUCUACACACCCCCAAGGGAUGAGGACAACCCACGGGGGUCCAGCACAGUGCCCCCCAUCCAGCCCAGUGCCAUGGGGAUGGUGAUGGAGCAAUCCCAGUGCGAUCCAGAUGAUGUGCUGGAAGGAUGGAGAAGGGACAUGGAUGUGGUCCCUGUGUGUCCCCAUCCUGGUGCUGCAUGGGGACCCCCGGAGCUGCCCUAUCCCCAGGGCUGGGGGUUAUUGGGCACCCCCAUAGGGGUGGCACAUGGGGAUAGGGAUGCUCCGUGUGCUCCGGCAUGGGAAGAGCAUGGACCGGACCCUGCUGCGGGGUGGGAAUGGGGCACCUUGUCCCCAGUGCUGCAUCCCUAUGGAAGUGAAGUGUGGGUCCCCCCCCAGCACCCAUUGGACAAGGGGGGCUCCUAUGGGACCCCCCUGGGGGGGGAAGCCGGGUCCCAUGGGUGCUACAUGGGUGCUACCCUGCACCCGGACACACCAAGGGCUGGUGGCCACCGGGCAUGGAGCAGGGACCGGCACUGGGGGGGGCAGAGGGACACGGGGAUGCUCCCAUCACCCCAACGACCCUCCAUGGACUCCUUUGAGAUGGAGGAGGUGCUGAGCGCCAGCGAGGAGGAAGAUGAUGGCGAUGGUGGUGAUGAUGAUGAGGAU